GGGGAGGGAGACGGGCAGACGGGCAGCCACCGCGGGGCCUGGCCUGGCCGGGCCGUUGCCGCGGGCGCGGGGGGCGGCCUCCGCCUUGAGCAUGCUGGCGGGGGCCCCCGGGUCUCGGCGCGGCGGCGGGCGAUGGCGAUGCUGGGCCCCGUCCUGAGGCCUCGUUCUAGUUGAAGAAGUAAACAGAUCUACAUGUGCUUCACUAUUCAUUGGAAGAAUGACAGAUGACAAAGAUGUACUUCGAGAUGUGUGGUUUGGACGAAUACCAACCUGUUUCACUCUGUAUCAGGAUGAGGUAACUGAAAGGGAAGCUGAACCUUACUAUCUGCUUUUGCCAAGGAUAAGCUACUUGACACUGGUAACAGACAAAGUAAAGAAACACUUUCAGAAAGUUAUGAGACAAGAGGAAGUUAGUGAAAUAUGGUUUGAAUAUGAAGGUACACCACUGAAAUGGCAUUACCCAAUUGGUUUGCUGUUUGAUCUCCAUGCAUCAAAUACAGCACUUCCUUGGAGCAUCACAGUGCAUUUCAAGAAUUUUCCAGAAAAGGAUCUUCUACACUGCCAUUCUAAGGAUGUGAUUGAAGCUCAUUUUAUGGCUUGUAUAAAAGAAGCAGAUGCUUUAAAGCACAAAAGUCAAGUCAUUAAUGAGAUGCAAAAAAAGGAUCAUAAACAACUGUGGAUGGGAUUACAGAAUGAUAAAUUUGAGCAGUUUUGGGCAAUAAAUCGAAAACUCAUGGAGUAUCCUCCAGAAGAUAGUGGAUUUCGAUACAUCCCAUUUAGAAUUUAUCAGGCAACAACAGAGAGACCUUUUAUACAGAAGCUAUUUCGACCAAUUGCUUCAGGAGGAGAGUUGCAUACUUUGGGAGAUCUACUAAAAGAUGUGUGUCCUAGUGCUAUCGCCCCUGAAGAUGGAGAGCAGAAGACUCAAGUGAUGAUUCAUGGAAUUGAGCCAAUGCUGGAAACACCCAUACAGUGGCUAAGUGAACAUAUGAGCUAUCCAGAUAAUUUUCUCCACAUUAGUAUCAUUCCCCGACCUACUGAUUGAAACUAAGCUGUAUGGGUAUGAGGAUCGUUCUCAAGCUGGAAUUAUAAGGGCAUGUCAACUUGCUUCUGUCAGUCUUGACAGAGGCAGCAUGACCAGAAAAAAAAAAACCAACAAAAAAACCGAAAUAAAACAAGAAGUCCUCACUGCUGCAAGCCAAACAGGAAGAGAAGAUCCUAUCAUCAGAUAAGGGCAAUUGGGCUGAUCUUAUUUUGCAUCACCACUGCUUUUCUUCACCACUGUAAUUAAAUCAGUUGCGAUAUGAAAGAAUUCACAGGACCUCUGCAAGUCUGCUGUUUUCUUGUAAAACAUAAUGAAGCUGAAACUGUCAGCUGAAGAGCAAAUGGAAAUAUGCCACUUGAUUGUAUUUCUGAUUAACAAAUAAACAGGGCUGUUUCCUAAAGCACUAGUGUUUCAACUUUGAGAGUGGAAACUUCGGCUUAAUUUUCUAGAAAGUUAGACACUGAGAGAUUCAGUUACCAAUAGCUUUUUGUAAAAGAUCAAAUUACUGUAAACGCCUCUCUCCUUAAUGAGAAGUUCAUGUUUACAGUAUGUGUAUUGGUAUGCAAAUGAUCUUUUAACUUUGAUAACAAGCAGUGAGAGAUUUUAAAGUAAACCCAUGAGCAUGUUUUGUCAUUUAAAAACAUGCACAAUUUAAUAAUUUACAAAUACUUUUGAUUUGUAUACUGUCACUGAAUACUCCAGUAUGUUUAUUAUUCAAACUAGUUUUCAUAGACAAGCAAUGAUGUAGGAUAAUUUGUCUCAGGAUUUAUCAUGGCAUUUCUUUGUUCCUCAUCUGAAUUUUUUUCCUGUAAGAAUAUUUUCUUAAUUUAGUUUUAAAAGUUCCAAAAAAAUAAGUAAAUGGAUGUUGCAAACAGUUGUAUCCUGCUGUUUAUUCCCUUAGACUAGAAAACAUUUAAAUUGUGGAAUGAUGAACAGAUGUAUUGUUUUUUAAUAAUUCUGAAUUUUGGAAAGCUAAGGCUUUUCCAAACUAAUACUUCCUUACAUCUGAGUUUAGUUUUCUACUGUGGUCCCUGAACAAUUAGUCUGAAAUUUGGAAGCUUCUAAUCUCAUCACACAGAUUUUUCCUUAGUUUAGCAGCUGUAUUUUUAGGUUAUUGGAUCACUUUGGUUUCUAAAUGUUUGUUACCAUUGCAGCUGCUGCUAGGACUCUACCAUUUUUUGUGUGUUAUGUUGAAUUCAUCAAAUGGUGUGCUAUAUUGCUUUGUCUGCAGUUUGUGGCUGUUUGUGACACAAGACUAUGUUUAUAGUAGACAUAUUGUCAAGUAUAUCAAAUAUAAAGAAAGCAUGAUAUUUUUCUUUCAGAAAUAGUAACUGUUGAAGUUCCUACUCAAGGUCUUGGUUUGCACAUGUCCCAGUAACUCCCAGCACUGUUCCCGUUCUUUUCCAUGCUCCCUUUGUGGUAGGAUACUUGCCUGUAUCUGAAAAAGAAGAAAAUGAAAAUCAAUCAAACAAAAGCCUCUUCAAAGUGUAAGAGGGGAAGGAUCUCCUUGGGUGAGGAUAGAAGGGCAGAAAAAGCCAGUAGAUAAAUUAGGUAGUGUUUUAAAUGUAAAUGAAGAAAUAGAAUUAAGGAAAUGGAAGGGAAAAGAUAACAGUGAAAUAAACCUAUGCUGUAUUCUGUGGCUCAUGAAGAAUUUUUAAAACAAAACAAACCGUGCUGAUCGUGUUCAUGCAGAAUUGAAAUAUAAUACUCUUACAGUGGGA